UAGCAAAAUGGCGACUGUCAUUCACAACCCCCUCAAAGCACUUGGGGACCAGUUCUACAAAGAAGCGAUUGAGCACUGUCGCAGCUACAACUCUCGGCUGUGUGCUGAACGGAGUGUCCGCCUUCCCUUCCUGGAUUCGCAGACCGGUGUAGCUCAGAACAACUGCUACAUCUGGAUGGAGAAGCGGCAUAGAGGACCAGGCCUGGCCCCAGGUCAGCUGUACACGUACCCGGCACGUUGCUGGCGCAAAAAGAGGCGUUUGCAUCCCCCUGAGGAUUCCAGGCUGAAGCUGCUGGAAAUUAAACCUGAAGUUGAUCUGCCUCUGAAAAAAGAUGGGUUCACAUCAGAAAGUACAACUCUGGAAGCCUUGCUACGUGGAGAGGGAAUAGAGAAAAAAACGGACACUAAAGAGGAAGACACUAUACAAGAAAUCCAGAGGGUUUUAGAAAAUGAUGAAAAUGCAGAUGAAGUAAAUGAGGAAGAGGAUUUGGAAGAAGAUAUUCCAAAACGAAAGAACAGGCCUAGAGGACGGCCAAAGACCCCCACCUGGAAAAAAAUUUUCCAGAAAAAUGCUCGGGGAUCUGGAGGUGGCAGGAGACGGAAUGAUGCUGCCUCCCAGGAUGAUCAUGACAAACCCUAUGUCUGUGACAUCUGUGGCAAGCGUUACAAGAACAGGCCUGGGCUGAGCUACCACUAUGCCCACACUCACCUUGCCAGCGAAGAGGGUGAUGAAGCCCGAGAGCAGGAGACCCGCUCUUCCCCUGUCCACAGAAAUGAAAACCACAAACCCCAGAAAGGACCAGACGGGGUCAUCAUUCCCAAUAACUACUGUGACUUCUGCCUCGGAGGCUCCAAUAUGAACAAAAAAAGUGGCCGGCCUGAGGAACUUGUAUCAUGCUCAGACUGUGGGCGCUCUGCUCAUUUGGGAAGAGAAGGCAGGAGGGACGAAGCAGCGCCAGCACGCACUACGGAGGACUUGUUCGGUUCCACGUCAGAAAGCGACACCUCGACCUUUCAUGGCUUUGACGAGGACGAUGCAGAAGAGCCUCUCUCAAGCCGAGGAGGUGGCUGUGGUGGCAGCUCUCCCUCUGCAGACAAAAAGGGCGGCUGCUAAAAUAAUUAAAAAGAUGCACAAACUCUGAGCAAUUUGCUGUCCAUUUUACUACUAGGAUUAUUAUUACCUUUUUCUUUUUCUUCUUUUUUGUUUUUUUUUUUUUAAUUUUAGGUCCUUGGGUUUUUGUGUUUUUUUUUGUUUUUGUUUUUGUUGUUUUUCCUGUGGGGUGUACACUGAAAGCACAAGCGCUUAAAGCUCUUGACAACUACUUCGAAGAGACAGAAGGUUUUGAUUUUCCUGUUUUUUUUUUUUUUUUUUUUUUAAUUUUAAUUUGUUUUUCUCCCACCUCCCCUCCCUUCUCUUUCUCUCUGGAAACAUAAAAGGUGGAUUUAAUAUUUUUUUUAAUAGUGAGCAGAGUUGAUUUUGUUGUCUUUUAAUAUAUA